AGGCAACCCAACAUACACCAAACCAAGAGUAACCUCUAACUUGUACGUUGUACAAAUCAAGAAUAAAUGAUUAUUUCUUAGUGUUAACAGAUAAAACAAGUGAAUAAUCAUGCCGAACGCCGCGGAAACACCCUCCUCGCAGCGUUUAACCAACGAUGAUUUCCGUAAAUUGCUUAUGACACCAAGAUCUACGCCUGCAAAUGCUCCCCCAGCUUCAGGAAGCAUCCGCGAGGCGAUGGCGAACGCCUCCUCAGGCGGUGCCGGAUCCAUGCCACCGCCUAAAGACGAAAAAACCGAGGAGCGUAAGAAAAAGAAAUCAUUUUAUGCUAAAUUGAAAAAACAAGAAGACAACAAAAUGGCGGAAUUAGCAGAAAAAUACCGUGAUAGAGCAAGUGAACGUCGUCAGGGUGUAAACCCCGAUUACCAAACAGAAGACCCAAUGAGCACAGCGCAAGCAUACCGAGCAGUCGCACCGGAUCUAAAAAGCGGCUUCGAUGCAGCCGAACGCCGUCGUCAAAUGAUCCAAGAGUCGAAAUUCUUAGGUGGAGACAUGGAACACACGCAUUUAGUCAAAGGUUUAGACUAUGCUCUGCUACAAAAAGUACGCGCGGAGAUAAAUCACAAAGAAGCAGAGGCCGAAGAUGAAAUGGAACGCCUCGCGACGAAAAAAAUCGAAGAGAAGGAGAAGAAAGGCGUCGCCCCUAAACCAGCCGACGACGAAAUGCAUUUCAAAACGAAAUUCGGCCGGAAUAUAUUCAACACAAUCGUGCAACUAAAAUCACGCCAUGUUGAAAAGGAUGAAUUAUUCGCGCCGGGGCGUAUGGCGUAUGUAAUCGAAUUAGACGAAGACGCAGACACGGAUAUCCCCACGACUUUGAUAAGAUCCAAAGCGGAUAUCCCCUCAUUAGAAUCAUCAACAACCCUAACAACAAAUGACAUAGUAAUUAAUAAACUCACACAGAUUUUGUCGUAUCUCCGGCAGGGUAGUCGCAAGGGUAAAAAAUUAAAGCGCGCGAAUUUACCGACGCAGAAUAAUCACGGCGAACGCGAUAAAUACGAAGAUGAACCACUAGUAAAAAAGAAACAUAAAAAUGAUAAUAUUUACGAUGAUAUCGGUGAUUACAUACCGCCGACAACAACGCACUCGUCAUCACGCCGCGAAAAGGAAAAGAAACGCCAGCCGUACUUCGAUAAACACGAAGAGGACGCUGCGAUCGCGCCGACAUUGAAGGUGAACAAAUCCGCGGCCAUUUUGAAUCGACUCGCGCAGGAGCCCGAAGGUUACGCCGAGUGUUAUCCGGGUCUUGAAGAGAUGAACGACGCUAUUGAUGAUUCCGACGAUGAGGUGGACUACUCCAAGAUGGAUCUUGGUAAUAAAAAGGGGCCGAUUGGUCGGUGGGAUUUCGACACUGCUGAAGAAUAUUCGGAUUAUAUGAAUCAGAAGGAAGCUUUACCUAAAGCUGCCUUUCAGUAUGGUGUCAAGAUGGCGGAUGGGCGACGAUCACGCAAACAGAAAGAUAAAAAUGAAAAGGCGCAUCUGGACCGGGAGUGGCAGAAGAUCCAGAAUAUCAUACACAAGAAAUAAAUCGGCGGCGUGAAUGAUUGGCUGCAUAACUCAAUGCGUGUGUGGUUUGUUGAUUCAUUUUUACCUAAAGCUUUUGUUUAAGUAUAAAAUACAUAUGUAUAACACGUUCGUUUGUAAUUUCGUACGCGUGUUUCGUGCGCGUACGAAGAAUAAAACGCAACGCAACAAAAUCAAAAA